CCCCAAUCCCCACUCGGGCUCCGCGCUGCGAGCGCGCCGGACCUCUCCUCGGAGCGCUGGUCCGCUGGUCCGGAAGUGACGCGAGGCCCCGGCUGCAGGCUGGACGCCGCAUUCUCUGAGGGCCGCACCCCGAGGCGGCUCCGGGCAGCAUGGCCCUGCUCCUUCUGCUCGUCCUCGUCUUGCAGGCCGGGUGCUGGGCUGAGAUGAGCCCCGCGGAUCCGGAGCUGCCUUCGGUGCCAGUACCAACCAAUAUUACAAUUGAGGCCUAUAACUUUAAUACUGUCCUAUUUUGGAACUACCCACCCAUGCCACAGACUCCUGUUUUUACUGUACAGGUAAAGAACUAUGGGGAAGCAGUAUGGAUUGAUGCCUGCAACACCUCAGAUCAGUACUGUAAUAUUUUUCCUGUAAUUAAUGAUCCAUCACUUUCUCUCUGGGCCAGAGUUAAAGCUAGGCUUGGGCAAAAAGAAUCAGCCUAUGUAGAAUCAAAAGAAUUCAUUUUAUGUCGACAAGGGAAAAUUGGACCACCUGCACUGGGUAUCAGAAAAAUGGAAAACCAAAUCAUUAUUGAUUUAUUUCAUCCUUUAACUGCUAUAAGUGGAAGACAGGCAGUACCCAUAUAUGAUGAAAAUAAUUGUCACACAUUCAUGUAUACUGUGUAUAUGAAAAUAAAUGGAAGUGAGACAACAUACACAACGGGUAUAGAGGACGAAGAUGAUUGCAAUGAGACUCAGUGCCGCCUUACGAUCCCAGUGUCCUCCCUCAGUUUGAACUACUGUAUUUCAGCAGAAGGAGUCUCAAAAGAAUGGUCUGUUGUAACUGAGAAGUCCAGAGAGCUUUGUAUUACCACUUUCGAUGGUGACCACAUAGAAGAUUCUGUUUGGAUUCCAAUUGUUGCUGCUCUCCUACUUUUUCUAGUACUUAUCCUGGUAUUUGUGUAUUGUUACAUUAAGAAGAUGAAUCCAUUUAAGAGAGAAAGCAUCAUGUUACCCAAGUCCUUGCUGUCUGUGGUAAAAAAUGCCUCUUCGGAGACAAAAUCUGAAUCAAAAUGUGUAUCACCCGUCACCUACCAGCCAAUUGUCCCAGAAAAUGAGAAGAUGGUCUGGGAAGAGCAGUUGUCGCCAGCAACAAUUGUAGGUAUGCCUACUGAAGAUAAUGCCGGAAAAAUGGAACCCCGAGAAGACCUUUUCAGUGAAACAGAAGUGGUGACCACUGAACAGAACACUUCUGACAUGGCUUCUAGGCGCCCUCUGACCCCAGGAAUGACAGAGAAUUCUGUCCAUUCAAAUAGUAACCAGUCUGAACCCUGUGUUGUCGCUUUCAACUCCUAUCACUCCAGAAAUGGUUCUGACAGUGGCGUUGUGGAAUCGGACAGCUUCUUAUCUGACUCAGAACUUCCCCCAAAUAAUAGAACUGAAAUAAAGACCGGAGAACAGGAGACUGUAAUGCUGAGAAACACCACCACCUCCUUUGGUUAUGACAAGCCACAUGUGUUAGUGGAUCUGCUUGUGGACGAGGGUACUAAGGAGUCCUUGAUUGGUUAUAGACUUACGGCAGAUUCUGGAGAGUUUUCCUAAGAUCAACAAAGUUGCAGCAACUUUGAAGGAUUGGCUUUUCCUGAACAGUUUUCUUGCUUUCAUGAUAGGAUCAUGAUUUCAGAAAUUAUUCUUUGUCAAUAUCAACCAAAUAAGAGUAUCUGGGUGUACAUAAAGUGCAAAGAGCCUCUCUGGCAUUGUCACAUUUGGUCUGAAAACUGCAGAGGCUUUGAAAGAACAAACCACUGUCACAUUUGAAAUUUUCCAUCUAGAUGGGUUGAGUAACUGUGAAAGCUCUUAAGAACCCUGCUUCCUAUGAUAGUAGGUAAGAUGCCGCAGGGCCCUUUCUAAUCACUUCAAGACCUGUAAUAGAUUCUUUUUCUUUUUUUUUGUGCCUCAGCAUGGUAUUUGUUUUUGGAAGUCUGUAUAUAGUUGUUAUUUUUUUAGAGAGAAUGUGAGAGCAUGAGUGUGAGGAUGAGAGGCAGAAGAAGAAGGAGAAAAAAUCUUAAGCAGGCUCCAUGUUCAGCGUGUAAUCUGAUGCAGGACUUGAUCUCACAACCCUAAGGCUAGGACCUGAGCUGAAAUCAAGUCGGUACUUACCGACUGAGCCACCCAGAUGCCCCUAUGUAUAUAGUAUUUUUAAAUGUUUACUUUCAGAAGAAAUCCUGAAAGCUUUCCAAAAUUGAAUUUAAAUUGUAAUUCAAAUCAAUAGACUUAGUUAAGAAUAUGUAAAUAGAAACAUGUAUAUAUUUUUUUAUGGAACAUUGCAUUUAGAGAUUUGUAAAUAAAAUAUGUUUAAAAUUGA